AUGGCCUCCACGCCGCUCAUUCUGGUGAUUGUCCUCAACUUUGUGCUCUCCCUGUACCUGCUCAAUCGGUACGGCAACCUGGGCAAGCACAACGUCUGGAUUACCACAUCGGUCUUCAUUGCCUGGUUCUUCUCCUUCAACGUCGUCUUUGUGCUGCCGCUGGAUGUGACCUCGACUAUUUACAAUCAGUGUAUCGUAGAUGCGGCUGCGGCGGCAAAUCAAAACCACAGCCAGCCUUUUAGUGCGUCUUUGUUGGUUGCACUUUCAAACAGUACCACAGCCGGUAACCUAACAACAACAACGACUACAACAACAACUACCACUUCAGCUCCAGAUGUUACACCAGUGGAGGAUGUCUGCAAGAAGCCCUGGAGUUACGUUCCCAAGAACGUGCUCCUCACGCUCUGGCAGUUUAUCUACUGGUCAUCGCAGGUGCUGACCUGGAUCCUACUACCCAUCUUCCAGUCGUACUCAAUGUCAGGCGAAUUCACGACAUUUCGCAAAAUCAAGUCAUCGUUCAUUGAAAAUAUCAAGUAUUACUGCUUCUUCGGUGUCCUAUUCAUCAUUUUUCUAAUCUACUACGCAUCAAGAGAGUCAAUGUCCUUUGAAGGACUGAAAGUCUUCUGCACCUCAGCGUCCAACACUUUCGGCCUCUUCCUGCUGACCGUUCUCAUGGGCUACGGACUGGUGGAGAUUCCACGAACGUUUCUAAGCAGCACACAAAACUACAAGUACAAGCUCGACUACCUGUACUUUAAAAUUGCCAAAACUAAUGGUGAGAAGUGCGAGGCGGACGGCAACUUGGACGAUCUACUCGAUGAGAUUCGCGCCCUGUACAUCUACGCCUCUGACCGGGGCCACGUCUUCAGCGGCCACCUGGAGAAGAUCCUGCGCAAGUGUCCCGAGUCUUUCCAAAAUGAGUUCAUCAACCGCCACGGCCGCUCGGUGAACAGCAGCUCUAGUCAGCAGGAGAUUGAAGCGAAGCUUACCGAGAAGAACCUGAUCAAACUGAAUGCCAAAAUAAAGCAGGCCGUGCAGACGAGUCACCGGACCAAGAUUAUCGAGCGCUAA